GGCAUCAUCGGCAGGGGCAGCAGCGCUUCCCGCUCGGCGCCUGCGCUCGCCGCGCACCGGAGCCUCCGCCGGCCUCGGCACGGCCCAAACCGGGGGUGUCCCCCCCCGACCCCGUGCUGCCACCGGAGCCCCCCAAAUCCUGCCGGACCCCCCACCCUGAGCGGCGCAGAACGAUGGGCUGAACGCACCCGGCAGCUCGCAGGCACAGGCCGGGCCGGGGGUGCGCCAAACAAAGACCCCCCACCCAAAACAAACAUCCCCUGGGGGUGCUCAGGGGGUCACCGAGCCCCCCUCGGGCCGUGAGGGACCCCCCGGUUGUCCCCGAGGAGCCGCCGGUGCCGGUGUGAGGAGCGGCAGCGCCGGGAGCAGCAGGUGCCCCCAUGGCGUCGUUCCGCAUCCGGCAGUACCAGGAUCAGGACUUUGAGGCCGUGCGGGCGCUGUUUGCCCGCGGCAUCCUGGAGCACGCCCCGGCCGGCUUCCGGCACAUUCUGCGGGCGGCGCGGGUGCGCCUGGCACUGCUGGCCGUGUUCGUGGCGGCGCGGGCGGCCGCGGGCUCCUGGGUGCUGGGGCUGGGCGCGGUGGCGCUGGCGCUGGUGCUGCUCUGGGUGCUGGUGCGCUCGCUCAGCGCCGACUACGUGCGCGAGGCGCUGGGUACCGACCUGUGCGACGUGCCCGGCACGUACCUGCGCCCGCUCGACUGCCGCUUCUGGGUGGUUGAGGAGGCCGGCACCGUGGCGGCCAUGGUGGCGGCGGUGCCCGCCGGCCGCGGCGAGCUGGAGCUCAAGAGGAUGUCGGUGAGCCGGGAGCACCGGGGCCGCGGGCUGGCGCGGGCGCUGUGCCGGGAGGUGCUGGCGUUCGCCCGUGCCCGCGGGUACGGUGCCGUGGUGCUCAGCACCUCCAUGGUGCAGGUGGCGGCGCAGCGGCUCUACGAGGGGCAGGGCUUCCGCAAGGUGGGCACCUCGUACCCCUCGCUGCUGGGCACCUUGCUGAACUUUCAGAUCUUUCACUACCGCUGUGACCUGGGCGAUGGAAAUAAGUAGGGCCUG